AUGUUCCGUUUCCUUCGACAUUCACUGGGGAAAAUCGCGUGUGUAAGUGGCGGGGAUUGUCGUGCCAAGGUUUUCCCUGAACAAUUGGUCGACCUUCAUUCCAUCUUCCAUGAAAAAGUUGAAAGCAGUGGAGGCACCCACCGUGCAGAGAUAGGACUAAAGAGGACUAAACUAGAAGUAAUGCGAAGGGUCAGGAUCUGGGAGAAGAAGAGCGGCAGCAGACAAAGCUUUGUGGAUGAGCCUCUCCUAUUGACGGUACCCCGUAUCCUUUGUCAGAUCGCCGUCCAGGUGUGCUGUCUAUCCGGUCUAUCCUCCUACCAUCAUCCAACAACUAACUGGUGUAGAAAACGAGUCAAUGACAUCUAA